AUGGCUCCAAGGACUCGAAGAUCAACUAGACGUACAAAGUCAAAUCAUGGACUACACGAUGAGGAGAUGGACAACUAUGAACAUCAAAUUAAUCAAGAAGCUACUGGUACACAACCAAGAAUUGUAAAAGAAUUGCAACCACAAAUUAGUCAAACAGCUAUUAUAUUUGGUGUCUCAUCAUUACCUUGGCUUGUUAAGCCCCUGUAUGGAUUCAUCAGUGAUUCAUUCCCUCUCUUUGGCUACCGAAGAAGGUCAUAUUUGGUUAUCUCAGGACUCUUGGGUGCCCUCUCAUGGAGUUUGAUGGCAACCUUGGUUGAUAGCAAAUACGAUGUUGCAUUCUGCAUACUUCUGGGAUCUCUUUCUGUAGCAUUUUCAGAUGUAGUUGUGGACUCGAUGGUUGUAGAGAGAGCUCGAGGUGAAUCACAAAGCAUGUCCGGAUCCCUUCAAUCGCUCUGCUGGGGAUCAUCAGCAUUUGGUAGUAUUAUAAGUUCCUACUUCAGUGGAUCUUUGGUGGGUGCUUACGGUGUGAGGUUUGUAUUUGGAUUAACGGCUUUGCUUCCACUAAUAACAUCUGCCGUUGCUGUCCUUGUGAGAGAGGAGCCAGUGCUUGGCCUGGUAACAGUGCAGAAUCUCUCACCAUAUAGUUCUAACUUUCUCGAAAGCUCAAAGAACACCAUCACACAGUUGUGGACUGCUGUGAAGCAGCCUAACGUUGGGGAUGCGGUGCUCUUGAAGAGUUUGUUCAAUUCUAGAAAAGCUGUGGCUAAAGGUUGGGUUCGAAGUGUAGAUCCCAAUCAUGAUGUUGGAGGAAAACGACUAGGAUUAAAUUGGUGUGAAGUUCAAGUUUCAGUUCCUAUAGAAUGGGAAGAAGAUUUGAUUAGGCCAUAUUCAAACUUGUCCACAAUUGGAGAUGCAAUUGGAGCAUGCAUUGCAUGGCCUCGACACUUGGUGACCGACGACGAUGAUGAUUGAAGAAGAUUGAUCGUGCUGGCUGCUGUUCUCUUUUUUUGCUGUCUCUUUUUUGGUCUUUGCCACGACAAAAUGAAUGAAAGAAACUUAGUUAUGGUUAUUUCCUCAAAAAUCUUGUGAGUUUUAUUAAGUUUUUAACAUGGUUAUAGCUUUGGUGACAUACAAGAGUGGUGGAGCAGAUGUAUUUCAUAAGAUCUUAAAGUUUGUUGUUUUGCAACGAGUUCGGUUGGAAAAUAUAAAUGAAUUUAGCAAUAUUUCUAUGGUUACAA